GCUGUUAGCAUUCCGCCGCUAAUCCGUGUCAGCGCUGUAUGUAUUCAUUUUGGACUCCCAACAUGAAUUGUACCAUACAUAUUCGGUGAUUUCUUAAACCAUCAGUAUCCAUAAUACAUUUAAUCUGUAGUUAAUCUUAAAAAUGGAUUUAAACGCGUGUAAUCAGCCGCCCGGAGCUGGAGAGGAGGAAGGAGAGCUCGAAGACGGGGAGAUCUGCGAUGAUGAAACCGAGGAGAAUGUGCCUUUCCUGCGGGGGGAUGGGAACCGAGCACCGCGGGCCACACCGGGCAGCAUACCGGGCAACAUACCGCCUCUCAUGGACCGUGACUUCCGGUCGCUGAUGCCAUUCCCUCACGGCCCCCCUCACGGCCCCCCUCACGGCCCCCCUCACGGACCCCCUCACGGCCCCCCUCACGGACCCCCUCACGGACCCCCUCACGGACCCUCUCACGGACCCCCUCAUGGCCCUCCUCACGGCGCCCCUCACGGACUCCCUCAUGGUCCCCCUCACGGAGCGCCUCGUGGGCCCUUCCCUCUGGGCCACAGGCAGCAGAGCGGCCCGAGUGGACCAGACCGGCCAGUUCCACCCUCCCCUCUGACCUCGCCCCAGACACCGGGACACAUUCAUGGGGAGCCAACGCAGCGCUCUAACUUCUGGGAGCGGAGUCACGGAGCUCUAGGGAGGUUCAGACAUGCCAGAGGCGGCAGAGGAGCUGACUGGAGGAGAGGGGGUAACCAUGGCAACAGGGGAGCGAUCGGCAGGUAUGGCGCCGCUGAGAAUCAUGGGAACAAGAACAACUCUCCCUCCAGGAAACAGAAGCCGAUGGGACGAAACCAGCCUCGAAAACCUGUUUAUAAUUGUGCCAAACCAGAGACCAGUGCGGAGGAGUCAUUUGAAGACCUGUUAUCGCGGUACAAAGAAAUACAGCUUGAACUAGAGUGUAUACGAAAGGAAGAGACUAUGGCAUUAGAACCUAAAGAUAACCCAGUGAAAGAAACGCAACCAGAGGACAAUGCUGGAACUGUCUGCAAUAAUAACAAUAUCAGUAUUGAAGAGCAGUCUGAAGGGGGCGCUAAUGAGCAAAGUGAAAGCACCAAAGAGGAGACGGUGGAUACAGAAAAGAGAGUCUUCCAGUCAUUUAACAUCAAACCGCUUCGUCAGAAAGUCCCAGCCAAUCUGGACGAGCUGCAAAAGAAGUGGACGGAGCAAGCGGAGACAACAGACACGGACAAGGAGGGUGAAGAAGUGAAAAUCCAAGAUGGCGAAGAGACAAUACCACAAACUGCCCAGACGAAAGAGAAGACUUGUGUUUGCUGCUGCAGUGAAAAUAAAGACAGUGGGUCCAAACUGGGGGAGGAGAGGAAGGAGGAAAUGAACAAGGAGACAAAAGAGCAGAUGAAGGAGGAGAGGAUCUGUAUUUGUUGCAGAGACGGAGGAGAUGAGACUGAAACCAUUACAAACUGCAAGAGAGAGUCCUCAGUGUCAAGUGUAGAGUCCAAAAACUCCACUGACAAGCCAAAGGUAGAGGAGGAGGAGCUAUCGGAGUUGCAGUUGCGGCUGUUGGCUCUUCAGUCUGCUAGUAAAAAAUGGCACCAGAAAGAACUACAAGUAAUGAAGAAGAGCAAAGAACGCAUCACCAGACCCACCCAGGACAAGAGCGCCCCCUCCAGCUCAAACCCUAGUCCUACAGCAGCUCCAAACAGGCAGAGAGUCACCACACGCUCCUCCGCUGCCUCCAUCACACCCCCUACUGAGCGUACACGGACACGCAGCAGGACCAACUCUCAGGACCGAGAUCGAGAUCGGCCUAAACCAGGGACCAGGUCUAUAGACCGGGACUACAACCGGACCGGGGGACCAGACAGAGACCGGACCAAACCUGGUCCUAAACCUGGUCCUAAACCUGGUCCUAAACCUGGUCCUAAACCUGGACCUAAACCUGGACCUAAACCUGGACCCAAACCUGGAGCCAAACCUGGACCAAAAACCCCAGCACCCAAGACCCCAGCGGACAGAGGGAGGCCAAACCAGAACAAACCUCAGAGUGCCAACAAGAAACUCAGCCCUGCCUCGACAAAGCAGGCUGUGCGGAGACAGCAGCUGAGGAAUUGGAAAAUGAAACAGCAGAGAGAACAGGAGGAGACGAGACGACAAGAAGAGGAGGAGCGGAGGAAGAGAGAGGAGGAGAUACGGAGAAUAAGAGACCUCUCCAACCAGGAUGAACAGUACAACCGGUUUAUGAAGCUGGUGGGAGGGAAAACCAUCACACCUAACAAGUCCAGAGAUCGAGAACACAGAAAGUCCACAGGUAAAUCCGGUUUGGACACCUCAGGAAAUCUCUACCAAUACGACAACUACGAUGAGGUCGCCAUGGAUACGGACAGCGAGACCAGCUCCCCAGUUCCUUCUCCAACCCCUAACCCUUUUGCUGGGGGUGACUUUGGAGGCUUCCCUCAGUCCUUCUUCUUGGCUGAUGCUCAGUUUGGGAUGGACUUUGGUCAGUCGUUUGCUCCAUCCACUCCUCCCCCUCCUCCACCCCUCCCUCCUCCUGACGAGCUGGAGCCUCCCCCUAAACCGCCUUUCGCCGAUGAGGAAGAGGAGGAGGAGAUGCUGCUCAGAGAGACCUGCCUCAUGUCUAUGGCCAACAAGAGGGUGGCUGUGGUGGGGGAGAAGCCAUCCAGUGGCCCCUCCUCUCCUCAGCCCUCAGCUCAGGCUCAGCUCAGGGGAAAUCUGAGCACAGUCAACCUCAACACUGCCCCCACAUCCCGAAACAACAAGUUCAACAGGGCCCACCACCUUCCCAGAGCGCCCCUCGUGUUGCCCAGACACAAGGCUGUAGUGGUUUCUCUGAAUGACUCUGACGACAGUGACAGUGACGUAGAUGGCUCUUCGGGUCAGUCUGUGUUUGGAGGACUGGAGUUCAUGAUCAGAGAGGCUCGACGUACUGUGGAGGCAGCGAAGCCCAAAGGAGCGUCUGAGAAGGAGAAUAACCCCAUGAGGACCCCAGAGGCUCUGCCUGAAGCAAAGAAAGCAGAGUACAGACUGUUAAAGGAGGAGAUUGCCAGUCGAGAGAAGCAGAAGAUGUUGGCCUCGUGGAGCUCUGCGUCUUCGGUUCAUUCAGACUCUGUGAUGGAGUCUUUGACCAAACCUUCGACAGAGCAGCAGCUGACAGAGGCCGAGCAAAGACUCUGCAAACACAGGGAGCUGCUGAAGAAGGACGAGGCAGUACUUAAGCAUCUGCUGCAACAGGAGCUGAAGAAGAGAGAAAGCUUGCGGGCUGCUGAGGCUAAAGUCUCUAAACUCAGAGAACAGCUCCAAGCCUCCGAGAAGAUUGCUAAUGCUAACAGGACGCUGCUCAGGAAAUUGCAGGAACAGGUGCACCGGGUGGAGCACAGAGUCUCCCUGAAAAAGACUGUGGAGCUGAAGCUGGAGCAGGAGCUAUCUCAUGCUCAGAACGCAGCCGCCAGAGGAUUUAAGAGGAAACAUGAAUCCAACCAGGCUAUGCCCAGCAAGAUUCAGCGUCUGGACGGAAAGGAGCGUCACUUUGCCGAACUCAUCGCCCAAAAACAGCGCCUCCAACAGCUCGAGUCAGAGUACGCACUCAAAAUACAAAAACUCAAGGAGGCCCAGGCAUUACGCAACAAGACCUCCUCCAUCGAAGCUCCAUCCGAGCCCCAUCCACGCAUGCCACUCCACCGGGAACCACAGAACCAACCACAACAGGAAGCAGCAGUGCCCCAUAGCACCUUUCCUGUGUCACAACCUUCACUGCACGAUUUAACACAAGACAAAUUGACAUUAGACACAGAGGACGAGGCAGAAGAAUCAGAACAUGCACCAGCAUCUGUGACUGGAGGCCAAAGACGACAUUCAUUCCGCCAGUCCACCUCGUUUACAAAGCCCCAUCUAGAGCAGCUAACAUCAACGCCAGCUAAAGACUUUACUGCUGCUAAUACUACUAGUGCCAGCACGGUUAAGCUCGCUAAAAGUGCCUCUGAUUCUGGUGAAAAGGCAGAGGUUUUCGCAGGGUUAGACGUGGAUUCACUGAAGAAGAGGUACCAGCAGCAGCCUCAGCUCGGAGAACUGCUGCAAACGGAGCUCGAGAAAACGGGACAGGACCUACAAACCUCACCUGUGACAAAAGUGGCUGCAUUUGAGCUGGAUGUCAAUUCUGGCCAAUCAGGAGUAUCCGAUCUGAGACCUGUUCCCUAUGGACCCUAUCACAGCCCCUUGCUGGUCUUCAAGUCAUACAGGUUCAGCCCUUACUACAGAACAAAGGAGAAGCUGUCUCUGAGCUCAGUGACCUACAGUAACACAAUCGACCCCAAAAAACACUUCUGCCGCUUCGAUUUAACAGGAACCUGCAACGACGAUGGCUGCAGAUGGCAACACAUGAGGAAUGUGACCCUCAGUGGAAGUCAGCUGUUCCAGGACGUCCUCUCCUAUGACUUGUCUCUAAUCGGUUGCACUGACAAGAGCUCUGACAAAGACAUCAGUGCUGCUACAGAGAAGUAUAUAAAGAAGCUUUUUGGUCCCAAUAAUCGAAUGGGCAUCGAUCAGAAGGCUGUCCUCCUCGUGAGCAAAGUCAACGAGAGCAAACGACACACUCCUCCGUUCACCACUUUCAAAGACCUGAGGCGAUGGAGACCGAAGCCCCUCCUCCCAUCUGCAGUUUACUCAGAGGAGAGCAGUGACAGUGAGGAGCCAGAAGAGGGCGCCACUCAGGGCACACACGCAGAUGGUAACACUGACCUGAGCCUGUCAGACGUGUGUGUGACCUCAGAAGAUCGACGUUACUUCUUCAGUGAAACAGACGACAUUUCGAACCUGGAGGCGAGCGUUUUAGAAAGUCCCUGUGACACUCAGCUGUGGAUCAAACUGGCCUUCAAAUACCUCUACCAAACUGACACUCCCCCUGCUGAGUGCCUAGAGGGCGCUCUAAACACGCUGUCUCGCGCUCUAGAGAAUAACUGUGAUAACCCCGAGGUAUGGAGCCAGUACCUCUCUUUGUUCUCCAAAAGGGGGAGCCGUGUCGAGGUGCAGGAGAUGUGUGAGAUGGCCGUGGAGCAUGCCCCCGACCACUGCGUCUGGUGGACUUAUCUGUCUCUGGAGCAGUCGUUCGAGGGGAAAGACUCUGUGUCCGAGCGCCUGCUGCAGUUCUUGGUCUCAGAGGCGCCCUCUUGUGAACUCUCAGAGAAACUGUCCUUUCAGAUCCUGGAGGCGCUGCUCUACAGAGUCCAGCUCAGCUCCUUCAGUGGGAGAACGGAGAACGCACUCAGUAUACUACAGGUCUCACUGAAGUCUGAUUUCGUGGUUGAAUUUUUGACCCCUGGAGACCGCGCUCUGCUCUGGCUCUGUUUCAUCCACCUGUCAGAGUUUCAGAGACUACCCUCGUCUCUCUAUGACGCAUCCGAUUCUGGCCCCUCUCGCCUGGUCUGCCGAGAGAGCUUCCUCCUGGCCUGGAGAACAGCUCAGGACAUCUGCACCCCCCUGGACAGGCUCAUCUCUAUGUUUCAAGAUGGCAUCUCUCAGUGCUCUGACGACGCCCUGUCCCCAAGUGAGAGGACUGUGGCCUGUUUACCUCUGCACACCAACCUCCUGCACCUGCAUAAAGUCCUGCAAAGAUUUGAUGAGGGGAUCCUUCUGUGUGAGGCGCUCCUCCAGUGCUGUCCUGAAUCCUGUGUUCUGCGUGACAUGUUAGCAGAGCUGCACAUCGCAAAAGGAGACACUAGCUCUGCUGUUAGCAUGUGGCUACACGCGCUCGUCGAGUGCCCAGACAAUGCGGAGGUCUUCUACCACUCCUGCAAGUUCCUCAUGGCUCAGGAGAAGUCUAGCGCUCUGGCUCCUCUGUUUCGCGGCUUCAUUCUGUCUCUGUGUGAAGAUGAGGACAGUCAGAAGAAACCAGUCGAUGUUCUACGGCACAUCCUGGGCUUUCCCUGUGACGAGUUAUUAAAGGGUUCCAUCAUUAAGAAGGAUCUCCAGGAGCAGCUGGGGACUCAAAUGCCCUACCUGCACCUACUCCACUGUCGGUGGCAGUGGCUGCACAGUUCUCUGGAGGACACAGUGGAGGCAUUUGAGCGCGCCCUAGGGGCUCCUCUGCAGUGCGACGAGCUUCACCGACUCUGGAUGGAUUACCUGUUGUUCGUCAGCUCUCAGCAGCAGCAGACCCGUGGUUCCCCUAAACUCUUCUCAGACCUGGUCCUAAGAUGUUUGAGCACCGUCCCCUCACGGCUAGAGGUCCCCUUUAACCCAGCCGAGUUCUGGAGCUGCUACAAGUUCCACAACCAGGUGGUGUCUCUGUACCUGAGCUGCCUGCCUCCUUCCCAGCAUGCACUGGUUCUGGAGCGGCUGCGAUACUCGAUGCCCAACAACACAGAGCUGGGCCUCAGGUUGCUGCAUCAGGAGUGGCAGGAGGGGAACCUUCAGCACCUGAAGUUUCAGUCCAGGAUGUUGAGCAGCCACGCCCCCAAGUGUCUCGCCAAUUGGAAAAUAGCCAUCGCUGCAGAGAAGGAGCUGAAUGAGAACUCUGAGGUUCGGCGUUUGUACCAUCAGGCCCUGUGUCAUCUGCCGCUGUGCGCUGCUCUCUGGAAAGAUCGCCUGUUGUUUGAGGCCGCAGAGGGGGGCAGGACGGACCGCUUGCGCUCCCUGGUGGACAGAUGUCAGGAGCUCGGCGUCAGUUUGACCGAACAACUUGAUUUAGUGAUUCACCAAAAACGAAAAGGGAAACAAUGAUGUCAACCCCCCAAAAAACUACCCCUAAAUCUGCCCCCUCCCCUCUCUUCUUGUCCCCAAAAAGACACAGACACAAACAUAUCAAACCCAACCAAUCUUGACGAGGUAAGCGCCCGAAUCAGAAAGGGGAAAUCGCUCCAAGAACCCAAGAUGGCCGCUUGGAAAUUCAAAUAUUCCGUAAGUAUGGUGUCUGAGUGCUCCUGCUGCCUUGUUUUGUUUUAUCGUUUAUCCCUGUUUAUUUUACACCCCUUCCUUGCAGUUUAUAUUUAAAUCAUUUUUGUUUUAACUCCUAAAACAGAGAACUUGCUCAUGUUUAUUUUGAUUAAGGAUACAUUUUCCAGAAAGCGACAAACGAAUGCCAAGUGAUUCUGUUUUUCCAAAAAUAUGAAAAAAUAUUCGUAAAUUUGGUCGUUUUGGGCAGAACUGUGACUGACAAGUUGAGAAGAAAUAAUUAACAAAAUGUGCAAAAUUUGUCGGAUUUUUAUUUGUCAAAAUUUCAGAGUUCAUAUUUCAGAGUAUUAUAUCAUCAGGAGGAGAGUGGAGUCUGAUGGUUCAUUUUGUAUGUUUUCAAUUUAAAUGUUAAUAAAUUAUUUUGUAAAGAAACAAAA